AUAAAAACAAAAAUAAAAUAAAAAAGUACUAUUAUAGAUGUGCAAAAGGACAAUGAAAAUAUUAAUAAAAUUGUUCAAAACAUCCCAUUAACUGUUUGUCCGUAUCCACUGAAGCACAAAAAGAAUGAAUCGUCUUUAUUUAGCCUAAAUCAYCACAGUGUAACAGCGCUCACAUAAAACUUGAUUAUCCGAUUUUUUUAAUGUUCGUGAACGUAGCAGUGCAGACUUUGCUUUCAGGAUGAAGUCCACCAGUUAGCUGAGAGCAGAMAUGUCUAACUUUAUCCUGGGAAUAGAUGUAGGAACCACUUCGGUUAAAGCCGUCCUGUUAGCAGCCGACUCCAGGAGUGUCGUUGAGAGCCGGUCUUUACCGACUGCUGCCGAAAUAAGCGACAACAGCGGGAUAAAGGCUAGAGAGCAGGAUACGGGUCGGAUAAUCAGCGCGGUGAACAGGUGUGUUUCUGAGCUGCCCAGAGGCAAACUGAAGCGGGUCAGCAGCAUCGGGCUGACCGGACAGAUGCACGGAGUUCUGCUGUGGAAGGAGAAAAGCGGUUGUAACUGGUCCGGCGGGAACUUUUUCACAGCCAGAGACACCAGUCAGCUGAUCACGUGGCAGGAUGGACGCUGCAGCUGUGACUUCCUGUCAUCCCUUCCCAAACCAGACUCUCAUCUGAGCGUGGCCACAGGAUUCGGCUGCGCAACAGUCCUCUGGUACACGAGGCGCAGGCCUGAGUUCCUGGAGGAGUUCACGGUCGCCGGUACGAUCCAGGACUACGUGGUGUCCAUGCUGUGUGGUUUGGAGACGUGCGUGAUGACGCCUCAGAAUGCUGCCAGCUGGGGCUUCUUCAACACUGUGACCAAUCAGUGGAACCAGAACAUUCUGAAGGCUGCCGGCUUCCCUUUGCGCUUGCUUCCUCGCUGCGUUCCAUCUGGCAGCUUGGCGGGUCGGACGUGUUCUGCCUGGCACGGCGUUCCUGCUGGUACACCUGUAGCAGCCGCGCUGGGAGACUUCCAGUGCUCCGUCUACUCCUGCAUGAGAGCGCCGACGGAUGCAGUCCUUAACAUCAGCACGUCCGCCCAGUUGACCUUCUCCAUGCCCGCUGACUUCACGCCUCCGGACUCUCCUCGGCCGGAGUCGUCUGUUUCCUAUUUCCCCUACUUCAGCUCCUCGUACCUGGCAGUGGCUGCGUCGCUCAACGGAGGGAAYGUGCUCGCCACUUUCGUGGAAACGUUGAAGACUUGGACGAGAGAGCUCGGUUUGGAGCAGACUGACUCUUUCUUGUAUGAGAAGCUGAUCACCUGCGCCCUGCAGCAGGAAACCAGUGACCUGAUGGUGAGUCCCACCGUCCUGGGGGAGAGACACGCCCCUGUGCGCCUGGGUCAUGUGACCAACAUCUCCACCUCCAACCUCUCCCUGGGUCACGUGUUCAGGGCGCUCUGCCGCGGCGUCCUGACCAACAUCUCCUCCAUGAUGCCCGCAGAGCUUCUGCACCAGGCGGGGGUCUCCAGGAUCGUAGGGUGCGGGAGCGCACUCGCUCGCAACGAGGUGCUCAGACAGGAAGUGGAGAAGACGUUUCCUCUGCAGGUGACGUACGGCGAGAACGCCGACUCRGCAGCCGGUGUGGCCAUGGUCCUCUGUGACCGGCUUUAAAUAAACUGAGAGAAUCUCUGGUUUUUAUAGAAUCAGCUACACAAUUUAUUGGAUUAAUGACUUUGAUUUGCUYAAUUAAAACAGAAGCUGUAAUUGGUAGGAGAAAAAAAAUGAACGGUUUUACCAGAAAAUUGUUUCAGUUAUUAAAAAAACAGUCAUCAGAAUGAGAGCAAAACUUAACAUUCCUUCAGUUUUUAGUAACUUUUGCAGCUCUUUCACACAUUAACAGAUAAAUGUAACAUUUUUAAUUUUCUGCAAAAAAAAUAAUGCAGUGAAUCCUAACGGUUCCUGACAGGGACAGAAAGUAUUUAUUCUCUGCUUUCUAAUAAAUACAUUAAUUUAU